GAGCUCGAGUCCUUCCUUCUUCCUCCAGUCCACUCCGCGGAAGUAGACGUUGUCGUCUAUAUUCCGUUCUUUUAUUUUUAUAUUUUGCUCCCAACCCAACCAAGAUGGACGACUAAAUAAAAGAACGGACCCCCAACUUCACCCCUUUAAUCAUCCUUGAACUGAGUGGACCGGAUGAAAUCCAUCUGUGGUUUUCUCCGCUUCGCAGGGGAGGUAGCUGUAUCCAGUGGCGAGGUAGGCUCUGUCAGGGCAGGACACCAUGAAGUGGGCCGAACCCUGGGGACCCCAGAGGCUGUCUUUUCUUCUAGAAAAGGCUGCUUCUAUGGAAGCCAACAUGUGGAAGGCAUACGUGCCAAAGAAGCCUUCCACACUGGAUACAGACAUCUCCCCGGCUCAGCGGGAUGAAGCUGUGCGCUGGCUGACGGAGCUCCAUGGCCGACUGCUGCUCUACCCAGAAACUCUGGUGUUAGCUGUUAGCAUCCUGGACCGCUUCCUCGCUUCCAUCAAGGCCCGUCCAAAGUACCUGCGCUGCAUCGCCAUCGCCUGCUUCUUCCUGGCUGCCAAGACCUGUGAGGAGGAUGAGUGUGUUCCCUCUCUGAAGGAGCUGGCUGACUCCAGCAGCUGUGGCUGUUCACCAUCGGAGAUCUUGAGGAUGGAAAGGAUCAUCCUUGACAAACUCAACUGGGAUCUGCACACUGCCACGCCGCUCGAAUUCCUGCAAAUCUACCAUGCGAUGGUCCUGUCAUGCCCUUGUGAGUAUUUGGACUCUGUUUUGGGAAUGAACCGCUCUCAGCAUCUCGCCCUCCUCACACGCCAACUCUACCUUUGUAUGGCUGACAACACACUCAUGCAGCUCAGAGGAUCCAUGCUGGCGCUGGCCCUCAUCACCCUGGACCUGGAGUCCUGCUGUCCCGACUGGUUGGCUCUCACAAUCAAGCUUUUAAAAAAAUCACAGAUUGACACAGCUGAGCUGAUUCAUAGCCGAGAGCUGGUAGCUUGUAGUUUGUCCAUGCCAAGAUCUUCACUGCCUCCUAACGCAGUCUACAUCUACCAGCACAGUCAGAGUCCAGGUCUUCUGCCGCGUCAGGUUCAGGAAGCCUCCUCUCUUGGGACCAGGAGCGAAGCUACCACAGCCCAGCAACAGACACCUGCUGGAGCUGAGGGUCAUCAGAACUCUUCCACCACUGAGAUCAGCCUCCCAGCUCUUCUGUCUCCGCCAAAACAUCACAGACAUCCAAACUACCUGCAGAAAGUCUCCCUGCGCUGCAAAGCAUCAACCAAGCGCAAGGUGGAGGAGAUGGAGGUGGACGACUUCUUUGACUGCAUCAAACGGCUCUACAAUGAAGAUAUCAGCGUGACGUACAACAUCACCGUCCGUGAAGGGGCUGAAGCUCUGGUGGGGGCCAUCGCAGGAGGAGAAGGAGAGGCUGCCGUUUGCAGUGUCCAGUCCCAACCAGGAGGCGCCUCCUCUCCCUGCCCUCCUCUGCAACCAGCCAGCGCCUCCUAGAGACCAAAUACACAACUGCUCUUCAAAAGCACCUGAACUCUGAAAUCAUUGACCUCUCAACUCCUGUUUGAUCGAAACCUUGAUAUAAACAUUUUGACACGGCUCAGUGUUACCACUUGCACAAGAAUGAAGUGAGGCAGCUCAGGGAGGUGAAUGAUUUCAGCAGCUCAGGAUUGGUGGGGGGUUGAGCCGGACCACCUGCCAUGAUCCUCUGCAGCUACAAAACAGAGCUAAAAAAAAAAAACUUAAAUGAGAAAAAUAUCAAAAAAUGUUGCUAUAUCUUUAUUUAUUCAAUUCUGUAAACAGAAACACAAAAUAAUAAUUUAAAAAAGCAAACAAAAAACAAUGAAGUUGUAAAAAAACACUGUCUAUGUCCACUUCUUUAACAACUGACUCAUCUUAUCAGAAGCCGUCCACCUUUUCUGCAUGUUGCAUUUGACAGUCUUUUGUUUUUAUCAUCGUAGCACAGCUUCCUCUGUUACAUUGGACUGAAAAUAGCAUUUGAAUAAAUGCACUGAUAAGGUCGAAUGAGUACUAAAUGUUAUUUGAAUUGUCUUAAAAAUAAUUUCCCUCUUCUGAUUGUAGAGCUAGUUUACACUACUAACGUGAAUGACUCGUGUUGGAAAGUUAAAGAGUAGCUUCAAUUGUAUUUUUUCAAAUGUCCAGGUUCAGCGCUUCAGUGCUCGAUACAUAACCGCCGUCUCCAGAGUUCCUACUGGUGACCUUGUGAAGCCAGGAUAGAGAAAAUAUUAGUGUCUACAAGAGAAACUUGGUCGUGUCGGUGUAUGCCACUAUCUUACUCUUUCAAAUCUUUUCUUUGUCUACUUGCUUAAAAUGCUCUGUUACUCUGGCUGCAGGGGCUGGUGGUGGUUGGUCCAGGUCACAGAACACACCAUUGAAUGAACCAAUAAAAGAGGAGAAUACAA